AUGACGGCAGAGCACCAGCGUGUGCAGGCCGAGGGAUAUGGAGACUCGGUUGUUACGCAAAUGAAAAACCUUCGCACCAACAAUGAGUUGUGUGACUUCAAAGUGUCGGCAGAGGGACGGACAUUUGAUGUCCAUAAGGUCCUUCUUGCUGCCACAAGUGAUUAUUUCAAGGUCAUGUUUGGAGGUGUCAUGGCCGAGAGCAAGCAGAACUCCGUGGACUUAAAGGGAGUCACAGCUGAUGGUCUCCAGCAAAUUGUUGAGUUUAUUUAUAGUGGGGAAAUGUCUCUUCAUUAUGAUAAUCUCACAGAAAUCAUCAACACUGCCAGUCAUCUACAGGUUUCCUCAGCGAUAGAACUCUGCAGUACCUACAUCAAGUCCCUAAUGACCUUUGACAAUGCUGAUGAGUUUCUUACCAUAGCCGACACAUAUUCCCUCGAAAAAGUUCAAUAUCACUGGGAUAACAUGAUCUUGAACAGUUUCUAUGAGUUUAGUCAAACCCAAAUUUUUCUAAAACUUGAUGCCUCUUCGCUUACUAAGUACCUCGCACAAAAUGCGCUCAGGACCUCGUCAGAGUAUAAACUCUUUCAGUGCCUGGACAAGUGGUUUCGAUACAGCCCAGGACGAUUUCAAAAUGAUGGGCCUGAUGUACUUAGUCACAUUAGGUUUCCACUGAUGACAGAGGCAGAGUUAGCUUCUGUGCAGGAGAAUGAAAUAAUCAAACGGUGUCCAGGGGCUAUCCAAUAUGUGGCACGUGGCUUCAAAUACCACAUCGACUGUAAAGAAGGACAUCCAAAUAUCGAGGAAAUCUCCACAAUUCGAAGUGAAAUCCCGUCACUAGUAUUAGUUCACCAUGGGUCAUCAUAUAUGCCAUUUCAGAUAACUGCACACAAUCAUAUCUCAGGGGUUUUUUACCGUCUUUUCUCAGAUGUUAAUGGAAGCAGGGAUUGUAGACUUGUAGUUGUGGACAAUUUUGGUUACAUAUGUCGUGUGGUAGACUUCGGAGGGGGGACCUUGAUGAGUUCUUUAGUGCGCUUUGAUCCACGUCAUUUAGUCAGUCAAGAACUUCGUCCAAUGCGGCGGUUACGGAUGGAUUUCGCACUUGUUGCUCACAAGUGUUGCCUGUAUGUAUUUGGUGGUUCAACUGAGCAGUUCGCAAUCUUGGACUCAGUGGAGUUUUAUAAUGUCACAACUAACAUUUGGGGUGAUCUACCUCCACUUCCCACCCCUCUUCACUCGUUGGCAUCAACAGUGGAAGGUGAUAGUAUCUACCUCUCCGGCGGAGUGUCCAGUCAGGAUCGGCAGGCGACCAACACAUUCAUGUGCUACUAUCCAGCCACCCGUCACUAUGAGUCACUUCCUGGCAUGUUUUAUGCACGACGUCUACAUGAUAUGGUAUCAUUUCAGCAGAAAAUUUAUGUUGUGGGUGGCAUCCCAAGACAGGGAGCACCCCUUCAUGGACAGAUCCCAAUCGAGUGUUUCAACUUUUCAACCAAUCAAUGGACAAUGCUAUCAUCCACGCUAAGUGGGCGAUCUGUGGGUCAUUAUAUGACAUUUGAAGGACAGAUUUUGUCACUUGGUCAUGAGCACCAUAAUGCCACAGAGGAUGAGAUCUGGAUCUAUGAUCCUGAAGUAGAUGACUGGGUGAAACACGCUAAGGCACCUCAGCGUAUGAACCUCACCUCAGCCAUUUGUACUGUGUUACAUGUUAAUUAUGAUAAUGAGAAAGUAUGUAAAACUUUCUUGAAGGACAAAUAG